ACACGUGGAGCCAACUGUCAACAUGUCGGAGGGGUGCCACCUGAGCCCAAAUGACCGCUUAAGCCUGCUUGUCUUCUUUGCUUUGUUCUCUGGGGCCGUGGGCGUUGUGGCCACUCUGUUUUCCUGUGCAACUAACUACUGGCUGCUAGGUUCUGCGGAGUUCUGCCACACAGGAGAUGGUGUAACAGGCACGAAGGCCACGGAUUGCAUGCUCUUCCAUGAGGGACUGUUCUGGCGCUGUUCCUUCCCAGCGACAUCUCCUAAAUACUCUAUUUUGGAUCUUUGGUUUUCGCCUCAUGUCAAAGUGUGCCAGGCAGCGUUCCUCUUCCCAUUUCCUGUGAAGUACCCAUUUUGGGUGGAGUCACAGGACUUUCAUGAUGAACCCUAUGAGCAUUACUCUGCCAUUGUUUUCAGAACUUUUUGGAGCAUCUUCCUCAUCACGGGUGUGGCCACUGUGCUUUCUGGUGGGCUCUCAGUAAUCUGUACUGCACCUCUCACCAACCACAAAUUCUACAAAGUUGGUGGAGCCCUUCUGCUUUGUGGGGGUUUGUGUCUGCUUAUUGUGGUGUUCAUGUAUCUAAUGUGGGUCCAGAUCCUGGACACGCUAGAAGAGUUUACCCGAGGUCAGCAUGUGAGCGGCUGCAUGUCCUUCCACCUCAGCAUUCAACACGGACCGUCAUUCAUGCUGGCUCCCGUGGGCUCCUUCUUUAGCCUUCUUUCUGGUCUGCUCUUCCUCGUGCUGGCACGGAGUGCCCGCUCUUUAGGACCAAACCGCACAAACAAAACGCCUCAGCCUCCAGUUGUUGAAACUGACCUGUGA